AGACAUCAAUAUAAAUAUUUUCCCAAAAGAUGCUCUAUAUUUCUUUUUUAAACUGUUUUUCUUUCGCGCUCAAUUGAAAAUCUGCUCGUGUUGAGAUGAUAAUGAGGAGCUUCUUCGAUCGAUGGAGUUGCCCAUUAAUGGCUCCAUUGGGUUCACUAUCAAGCUACAGUCUGUCCAUGUACGAAAUAGCUUUAUUUUUAUUGAUAAAUGGGUCAAGGAUCAUCAUUCUCCGGCCAUUUUAUCACUCAAUUCUCUGUGCCAAUCGCCAUGGGAUGAAAAAUUUGCUAUAAAAUCAAAUACACUUCAGUCUCUUCCAGGAUUUCACAGUGUUCAGUUGUUGGGGAUCUUCUUGGGAAAAGCAUAUACAGUGUCCAGUAGGAAAAAGUGUUAGCAAAGUGACUUAAAAUAAGUGGAUAAGAAAAAGGAAUAAAAUGCGAGUGUUUCUUUUGUUGGUGGUUCUCUGUGUUUUUCACGAGAUUUGUGCCCGGCCGGAAAUCUCAUGGACAGGAAGUCCCUUGGACAAUAAGUAUGGCCACCACUUUGAUCAGCAUCAGGAGAGCGUAGCAGCUGCCCGGAAGGGAGCUGUAGAUCGAUUCAGUCAGCUGGGAGUCAGUGGCUCUUACGUCCAGGAUGUCGGUAGUGGAUCCUCAUUCUCUCGUUCAUCGAAUUAUGGAAGCUCAAGUUCAUCUUCGAACUUUGGAAGCUCAUCCUCGUCCCUUGGAAGCAGUGGUUUCUCCUCCACUGGCGAUGCCGAACUUGUGGGAGGUUACACUGGAGUUGGUGUUGUGAGCUACCCAAGUCUUAGUUCAGGAGGUUCCAGUUCACAAUUCUCUUCGAGCUCUCAUCAGGAAAGUCGUUCAGCUGCAGCUCCUGUCCAUGUCUAUACCCCCUCUUCGAGCUCUUCUAGCUCCAGAUACUCAAGUUCCAGCCAGAGAGAGAGUGUCCAGCAGGCCCAGCCUGUUGUAGUGCCUGUUUCCGGAGGUUCAGAACGCUAUUCCAGUCACUCAGAGCGGGUAUCUGAAGUAAAGGCUGUUCCUCAGCCUGUGAUCCUACCGUCUUCAGGUGGUUCAGAGCGUUACUCCAGCCAUUCUGAAAGGAUUUCCGAGGUUAAGGCUGUCCCGCAGCCAGUGAUCUUGCCAGUUUCUGGUGGAUCUGAACGCUAUACCAGUCACUCUGAGAGGAUAUCCGAGGUGAGUGCAGCUCCAGCACCAGUAAUUCUGCCCGUUUCUGGGGGCUCUGAACGCUACUCAAGUCGAUCUGAGAGGAUUCAAGAGGUAAAGUCCGUGCCACAGCCUAUUAUUCUGCCCAGUUCUGGCUCUGAGCGCUACUCAAGCCGUUCGGAACGCAUUCAAGAGGUAAAGUCUGUGCCACAGCCUAUAAUACUACCCUCAAGUUCAGGAUCUGAAAGGUAUUCUAGUCACUCUGAGAGGAUUUCGUCAGUUCAGGCUCAGCCAGUGGUUACGGUUUAUCCGUCUGGUGGAUCAGAACGCUAUUCCAGUCAUCAGGAGAGGAUUUCCCAAACCCAGGCUGCUCCAGUUGUUCCUAUUGUCUACCCCACGGGUGGAAGUUCCCGGUUUUCCAGUCAUUCUGAGCGCAUGUCUUCAUCCAAUCUCGCUGCAGCUCCCAUUGUCCCCAUUAUCCCAUCCUCUAGCUCUAGGUUCUCAGCUCAGUCUGAAUCUCUGAGCCAUGGUACCAGCCAUCCCACAUAUUACCCUGUUUACCAACCUAGCGGAGGUUCUUCUUCCAAAUACUCUCGCCAAGAGAGCUUCCAACGCUCCGGAAACAGCUACGUUCCCGUUCCCAUUGUCCCAGAAGCUUCCUCGAAGUUUGUCUCCGAACAGAGCGCCUCAUCUUCCUCCUCCAGCGGUGGCGGUGGUGCCAUUGUCUAUCCUACCUAUCCUUACUACAGCCUCGAUGGAAAUCGCAUCAGUUCCCGGUUCGGAGGAUCCUCCAUCUACGAUAGCCACUCUAACCUGGGUCACUACAUGAGCGAAUCCGAACGCCUGGCUCGUCUUCAAUCACAAUCCGUAGGAACCGGAGCCACACUCUCAGGAAGCUCAACAUUCGAGGGAGAUGCCUAUCAUGACAAUCUCCUGGGAGUUACUGCUGGAUCUCUUGGAGGCGGAUCUACUCGGUCAAAGUCAUGGGAGAGCAGCUCAAAAUGGCAGUCAGGAACUCAGUAUGACGCCUCUGGAAAGCCAAAGACUUACGGACUCCUCUCUACGGCCGAAUCUGAACAUCACAAUGUCGAUGGAAAGUCCACUGGCUUCAAAGCUGCCACGACAACUGUUGAGGAUGAUGGAAAAGUCAGCACCUACAGCAUCCACACGCCCUAAGAAACAUCCAAGAGGAAUUCGGGAAAUCCAGAAAUAUUCCCUCAAGAAAUACUUCCUCUAAUAAAUUGCUGUCUUUUUUUAAA